AUGACAAAUAUCCCAAUGCCUCAGACCCAUGGGAGUGCAAAGCCUUCCAUGAUUCCACAGCGCCACCUCACAAAGGAGAAAGAUGACGAGACACUGAUAACAAUCAGUCACCAAUGUGAAGAUUAUGAAAGGUGUGAAAGCGUGGAGCUCGAUGACAAAAUCCGGGAUCUGAUAGCAGGCACCCCAGAGGCCACAUCCAGCAGCAGAAAUGUCCAUUCUCCAGAGUGUGUUCCAUCAAGAAGAAAAGACUCAACAAAUUCUCUUGAGCAAAAGAUAAAGCACUUGGAAAAACAGAGACAAGAGCUUCUGGAAGUCAAUCAACAGUGGGACCAGCAAUUCCAAAAUAUGAAAAUGUUAUAUGAAAGAAAGGUCCUGGAGCUGAAAACUAAACUGGCUGCUGCAUUAGAUGCCCACACUCUUGAGAAGGAACAGAAGCCAAGCACGACAGAGGGCACCAGGCAGCUCGAGAAGGAAAAGGACAGCCUAAAGGAAGAAUUACAAGCACUGAAGAAGGAGAAUGAGUUGCUGAAGGAAAACAAUGCUCUAGCAAACAGGAAGAGAGAACAUUAUGCCUGUGAAAUUAAACGACUGAAUAAGGCUCUUCAGGAUGCACUGACAAUCGGGAGCUCCUCACCUUCCGAGGACUCAGGGAAGUGUAAAGGCAGGUGCAGCCACGGAGAGCCAGACUAUCAGUGGAAUGCUCUCAACCAGCUUCCUCCACAUGUACAGCACAAGGCACAUGGUUUCUCUUCAGAAAGAAAAUCCAAGUGGUAGAAAUGCACAUUGGCAGAGAAGAGCAGCAGGCAGAGGGCUCUCAGCUGUGGCCACUUUGCUUCUUCAGGACAGCUGUGAAUAUUCUCCCCUGAGAUCUGCUUGUGGUU